GAUUACAUGGCCUGAAUGGGGUACACUAGAGUUUUAACCACAGCGAACAUGGGACAUAAUCACGGGUCAUCAUUCACUUGCAUUGUAUGGAUCUACAGAGCUGAGAUAUUCUUCUAAAAAUCUUCAUUUGUGUUCUGCAGAAGAAAGAAAGUCAGACACAUCUGGGAUGGUAUGAGGCAGCAGCUAACGUGAUGUGUGUGACCUACUUCCUGCCUUAUAUGAGGCUUGGUGGUAGAUGUGUUUCUGCUUGGAUCGUUCAGAGGAGGAAUCUCUCAGGAGCGGAUGCCAUUAAUGCCCUGCGGCCCUUUUACUUUGCAGUGCACCCUGAUUUCUUUGGCCAGCAUCCAAGAGAGAGAGAAGUAAAUGAAAACUCCCUCAAAAGACUAAAUGGUUAUCUGGAAAAUCUUCAAAAGCCGGGGGCGAGGUCCCCCAAACCUACAAACCUCACUUUUUAUAUCAGGGACACAAAGGAAAGAACUGACUCUGAUGACAGCCUGCUUUUCUCAAGAUUUCGCUCUGUGAGUUUCACUCUGCAGUCUAGGGAUGUUCUGAACACAGUGCUGGAUGUUCUGAAGUCCUGUCACCUUUCAGAUAAGCAUAUGCAGGAUCUGCUCAAAGCUGAAACCAGAAAGAACUCAGCGCCACAGUCUGGAAACACACCUUUCUACCGGCCCAUCAAAUGGGACAAGACUUACUACUCUUUUACAGGGUUUAGAGACCCAGAGGAGGAGUUAGAACAAGCCAGCAAAGUGGAGCCCACACUCAGUUUAUGGCUGAGGAACAAUGAGCCAGAUGCCACAAAGAAACAGAAUGCCAGUCUGCCCCGGCGUGAGGAGCAGAAGAGACUGAAAAGAGAGCUGAUUCAGAAACUGGGACUGCUGGAUAUCAGGUGGCAGCGCAAAUGGGGAGUCGCACACAAAAGUUGUCAGCUGCAGAGCUUGAGUCGUCUCUCCACACAAAGCCCUGAAGUUCUGCACAACCUGAGAGGACAUAUAAUAGUUUUUACUGACCAAUCAGGGAUGAAUGCCUCAGGUCAUGUGAUGUUAGGAACAAUGGAUGUCCACCACCAGUGGACAAAGCUCUUUGAACGAUUACCCAGUUACCGCAGUCUGUUCCAGCAGUCGUACUGGCUGAAGGAGCGCAUCAGUCACCUGUUGGGUGGGAUUCAAGUGAUCCAUAUCGAGUGGUUGGGCCCCACUCUGCCCCUGGAGGAGCACUACAGUACCCUUAACAACUUCCACAAGAGACUGUUGCCCCAGCGCCUCUCGCUGCAUCCCCGCAGUCUGCAUGGCCUCACCAUGAUGCUGGAGAAUGAUCGCUCCACCCCCUGCCUGCAUGAGAUGGGGCACUUCAUCAUCCCCACCAUGUGUGAUACCCUCCUGCUGCAGAACUUCCUCAGGAGUCAGGCUAAGGAGGCCCGGAGGCGCAUCCAACACAAAGACCAGUUGAAAGCAGAGGAGGAGGACAUCAUUUCAAGUUGUCAGCAGGAUUUGUCUCUGCGCAGCCUAUCUAAAGAGCCCAGUGUGUCAAGCAGUCAGAUGAUCCCCUGCUGUAGACGUCUGAUGGAGGAGAGAUCGCAGCAGAUGCAGGGCCUUCGUCUCUGUGUCUCACACUUCUAUUCUGUCAUGCAAGAUGGGGAUCUGUGUAUUCCCUGGGACUGGAAAGGCUAAAACGGACUGGAUCAGAGUAGAGUUCAUGUGACUGAUACAUUUACCAAAUGUUAACGGAUGUUAUUUGGGAUUAUAGUCAUAAUGGUUUUGGCUUUUAGAAAUGCCCUAAUGUAGGCUUUGUUAAUAUACAUGCACUUUGGCUCUAAAAUACUAGCACAUUUAAGCCAAUGGUUCUCACUGAUGUGAUGUAUACCUUGGCACAAAAAGUGUUGAUUGUAUGCACUGCCAACAUUAUACAUAUGUAUGUAAAACACAAUUUAUUGUAGGUCACUUCUGUUAAAACAAAAAUAACAUUACUGAUGAGUAUAAGACUUCUUUUAUUGAAAGAAAGAAAAAAACUGGGUGCAGAAUCUUCUUCAUGCACCAUGUCUAAAUAUGUUGUAAAAAUGCUGUAGAAAAUACUGAGGGUCUUUUUUUGCCUAUAAACAAUCACUUACUAGUUAUAUCAUAUGAAAGGUUUCUAAUGCUGUAAUUUAACAUACAACAUUUGUGUUUGGUUCUGGUUUUCAAUGUGGUGCUGGAAUUUUAAGAGUGAUAAACUUUGUUUAUCAUUUGAAAACCUGAAUGUUCCUUGUUAAAAUUUAGAAAGACAAACACGUUUAAUUAAUACUAACUGCCAAAAAAUCUAAAAUGUAUACACUUGAUUCAUAAGAAGAGUCUUUUAUUUUCUCUCGUGUCCUUUAAUAUUCUAACAAAUGAGUGGUAUAUUCACAAGACUUUGGCUAAUGAUCUAAAGCUGCGUGUCUACAAGUAUUCAGGAAUGGCAAGUGUUCUCUUCAGAUGUUGUAUAUGUACAUUAUCAAUCCAAAUGCUGUAAUAUUGUCUAUUUUGAGAUGUAGAGUACAGUGUUUAAAUGUUGUUUGCUGCUAUUGUAUUUCAAGGGUCUGUAUGUAUGAUACAUUUUGAGACCACUGAGUUUAAACAACUGUUUAAGUGUUAACAGUCACUAUUGUUUAACAUGUCCUCAGUUGUUUUACUUAUUUGGUUUACAAAGAGUUUGUAAGGUUUUAUUGAUUUUGACAUUCAGAGAGACAAGUUCAUGACUUUUUCAAUGUAACGAAUAUUAAUAAAAGUUAUAAAUGUGUAUAGUACUUUCACUAUUUCCUCUGGUUCUUUAUU